AUGCCUGAACUCGCCGCCGCCCGCUACGGCAAGGACAAUGUCCGCGUCCUCAAAGUCCACAAGGACGAGAAGACCGGCAUCCAGACCGUGGUGGAGAUGACCGUCCAAGUCCUUCUGGAGGGUGACAUCGAAACCUCAUACACCAAGGCCGACAACAGCGUGGUGGUCGCUACUGACAGCGUCAAGAACACCAUCCACAUCCUGGCGCGCCAGAACCCAGUAACUCCCCCCGAGCUGUUUGGCUCCAUCCUGGGCACACACUUCGUCACGAAGUACGCGCACAUCCACGCCGCGCACGCCAAGAUUAUCACGCACCGCUGGACGCGCAUGACGAUCGACGGCAAGCCGCACCCUCACUCGUUCAUGCGCGACGGCGAGGAGAAGCGCAACGUCGAGGUGGACGUGGUCGAGGGCAAGGGCAUCGACAUCCGCUCCUCGCUGAACAACCUGACUGUGCUGAAGAGCACCAACUCGCAGUUCUGGGGCUUCGUUCGCGACGAGUACACCACCCUCAAGGAGACCUGGGACCGCAUCCUCAGCACGGAUGUCGAUGCCGCUUGGUGCUGGAAGCGCUUCUCCGGGCUCGACGAGGUGCGCGCUAAUGUGCAGCACUUUGACGCUACCUGGGAGGCGGCCCGUGAGAUCACCCUCAAGACCUUUGCUGAGGAUAAUAGCGCCAGUGUUCAGAACACCAUGUACAAGAUGUCUGAGCAGAUUCUGGCUCGCCAGGCUCUCGUUGAGACGGUUGAGUAUGCGCUGCCUAACAAGCACUACUUCGAGAUCAACCUCGACUGGCACAAGGGCCUCCAGAACACGGGCAAGAACGCGCAGGUGUUCGCGCCGCAAUCGGACCCCAACGGCUUGAUCAAGUGCACGGUUGGUCGCUCGUCCAAGGCCAAGCUGUAA